AUGGAAGUUUAUCUUUCCUAUCCUUUUGCUAAGUAUCUCUGGGAUACUUAUAAUGGCCAUCCUACUUGUAUCGAGGAUUUCUUAAAAAGUGUUACUCGCAAUUUUUUUCAGGACUUAAAGAAAGAUGAAUCUUAUGAGUUUGAUUUCCCAGCCUAUAAAUGGCUUAUUUUUGAUAACGAAGAUUUCCAAGGUCACGACUUUCAGAAGGUAAUCGAUAAGUAUUGGUUCGAAGAGGAUUGUAUUCUUAGCCGGUUUUUAAUUGACCACGUCAUCAUGGUUGAUAUUAACCUUGAGAAUCCUAAUAUGGAUUUCGAGGGUUUUCGCGAACUCGUUUCUAAGGGCCUUGAUUGGGAAACUACUCCUACUCUUAGUAACUUCGAAACUAUUCAGGUAGAUCUUCCUAAGUGUGUUGAAAUCGUUGAUUUGGGAUUAUAUUCGUUGUAG